ACGGUUAGUGGCGUUCGGUCAAACGAAUUGAACACUGACAGCAAAGAACGAAAAUAUAAAUAAUUUUGCUCCCCUCUGACGACCCAGUUUCCCCCCCAUCCCUUACAUAUGGCUUCAAAUUCAAACAUAGAUAUAGAGGGUGCAACCCAGCAUCUUCGUGAUAUAUUAAAGCUGGACCGACCCGGGAACUGCGUUGAUGCUUCUCCAAGUGAGAACCAAAGCAAAACAUCUUUCAAUGGUGAAUUGAAUGGACUUCUGGGAGCAGACCUUAUAGGAGCAGGCGACAGGUCAACCAUGGCUGAAUCCACAGGCCCUAAUUCAGAGAACAUGAACACUCAAGAGUGUCAGAUCAUCUGCCUCUCUGGGGAUGAUGGCUCCACUUGCAUUCCCAUCACAUCCAACAAUGUUGAAAUUGUGGCCAGUCGAGACUCAAGCAUUGACAGUAAGGCACGUGGCAGCAACAAGGUAAAAAUCCAGCCUGUCGCCAAGUACGACUGGGAGCACAAGUAUUACUACGGCAACCUCAUUGCAGUCUCUAACGCAUACCUGGCAUAUGCCAUCCGAGGAGCAAACAACCAGGCCAUGAUCCGUGUGUUGAGCUUGGGCUCGGCAGAGCGCACCCUGUUGAAGGGCUUCACUGGUGCAGUCACAGACCUGGCCUUCGCACACCUGGACUCCACCCUGCUGGGAUGUGUUGACGAGGCCGGUAACCUGGUCAUCUGGCAGCUCACCUGCCAUAGCAGCAAGAUCCAGGAUCAAGUCAUUGUCCACGUCCGGAGGCCUGAGGACACACCUCUGAACUCCAAUAGGAGGUUGAUCUGGUGUCCCUUCAUCCUAGAGGACAAUGAAGAGAACCCUGAGGAUGCCAGCCAGACCCUGGCCUUACUGCAUGAAGACAGAGCUGAAGUGUGGGAUCUGGAGAUCCUCCGCAGCAACAAUAGCACCUGGCCAGUAGAUGCCACUGACCUGAAGGACGGAGUUAUAACCAUAAAAGGACAUACAGAUCGUAUCAGUGAAGGUGCCCUGUCUCCGGAUGGCACAGUCUUGGCCACAGCCAGUCAUGAUGGAUAUGUAAAGUUCUGGCAAAUCUACAUUGAAGGACAGGACCAGCCAAGUCCUCUCCCCGGCUUCUUCCACAGAUGUCUACACGAGUGGCAGCCCCACAACGGGAACCCCCUUUCCUGCCUGCUGUUCUGUGACAACCACAAGAAACAGGACCCAGAUGUUCCAUUCUGGCGCUUUCUGAUUACUGGAGCUGAUCAGAACCAGGAGUUGAAGAUGUGGUGCACAGUGUCAUGGACCUGCCUGCAGACCAUCAGGUUCUCUCCAGACCCGUUCAACUCCUCAGUCCUGCCCUGUCUGAAGGCCAGUCUGGACCUGUCUGCAGAAUGCCUCAUCCUCAGUGACGUACAGAGAAAGGUGUUGUAUGUGAUGGAGUUGUUGCAGGACCAGGAAAAAGGCAGAGCCAGCUUCACAGCCGUGUCAGAGUUCCUGCUCACACACCCUGUGCUUAGCUUCGGUGUUCAGGAUGUCAGCCACAGCCGCCUGUGCCACACGGAGGUCCUCCCACCAGACGAGGAGAGCGAGAGUAUGACUGCAGAUGGCAACCAGGGACCAAUGGAAUCCAAAGCUGGGAUCCAAAUCAAGCUAUAUUGUGUUCACACAAAGUCCCUUCAAGAUGUGCAGAUCUGGUUCCAGCCAAACCUUGGCUCUGGCUCAUCCUUGUUCCUGCCUCACUCGAACUCAAAUAAUGGCUUUGGUUUUUCAGAUCACUUGACAGACAUGAGUGUGGAAGUUUUGAGCUCUGAUAAGGAGUCUGGAUGCGGCUCCGAAAAUGAUCUCUGCAAGAUUCCCGCUCUUGCUGACUUCCUGUCCCCCUCCGGCACUGCUGCUAUGCCCAAGCUCAUGACCCCUGACGCCUUCAUGACCCCCAGUGCUUCGGUCCCAGCCUCCCCAGGCAGCAGUGCCAGCAGCCUGACCAUAGUGACAGCCAUGAGCAGCAACUCUGACAGUGGCGCCAGGGGAGGAGAGGAGCUGACCCAGAGCCCUAAGAUGUCUGUGGAGAGCAACUCCAUCCUCAUCUCAGGCUUAGGGGACAACAUGCCGGGGCUUCCCUCUCCAAACCCGCCCCUCUCGCUGGACCCGCAGGUCAUUGAGCCUAUGCUGAUUCAGCAGGCCUCUCCUACCCGGGCCCGCUCUCCCGACGUCAUCUCAUCUGCCUCCACGGCCAUGUCUCAGGACAUUCCUGAGAUCGCCUCUGAGACGCUGCAGCGAGGCCUAGGAGGGGUGUCUGGAGCUGAAUCUCGAGAAACUCUCCCAGCCCUCCACACAGACAGCAUGGCUUCUGCAGCCUCAGCUCUUCACCUCCUCUCUCCACGAAACCGGAACAGCUCUGACCAUGGCCACCUGCCCCUGGAGCUGGGUGCUGUAGUGGAGGCUGAACAGAGGCUCAGUAACACCCCCUCACUACUGGAGAACGCCCUGUCACAGGAGAAUGCUGCUGCAGCCGCCGCUGCCUCCUGCUCAGACAACAAUGUGAGCCACCCGUGGCCUGCAGCUCCUGACAUCACACGGGAAACACGCAACAGCCUGCGAGACAAUGGCCUGGGAGACUGCUCGAGGGAGGAAAUUAAGGACAGACACAUGUCCUCUCCAUACCACAGACGCACCUACCACUUAACCCAGAAUGACAGUCAGGACGCCAGUGCAGAACAGAGUGACCAUGACGAUGAGGUGGCCAGUCUAGAGUCGUCUUCAGGGAACUGUGGAGCCAGGUCGUCUCAAAGACUGCCAGUGAAGGAGUGGAAGAGUUCUCCCAGAGGCUCCCCUAAACUAAAGAGGAAGAGUAAAAAAGAUGACGGGGAUGCAUCUCAUGCCUCUCAGUCCAGGCAGCCUGAGCAGCAUCAUCAGCAGAUGAACCCAGAGGUGCUGGAAGAGCUCCUGAUUUUGCUCCGUAACCAGCAGAGGGAGAUAGCGGAGCUCCAUCAGAGUCAGCUGGAGCUGCUUCAGAGAGUGACGGGCCACAUGGAUGCCGUGCAGAGCUCUGUCAUAGCCCACGUAGAGCACGUCAUGGUCAGCCAGCAGGAGCACGAACAGAGGAGAAUGGAGAGAAUCCUAGCAGAGGGACACAGCCGUAACCAGCAGCUCCAGGAGCAUCUCUCGCAGCAGCUGGGUCAAACUCUCAGUAACACCCUUUGUAAUCGUCUGGACAAGACUCUCCGAGAGGAGAUGAAGAAGACUGUUCCUCCCACUAUCACCAAGAGCCUGGAGCCUGUCACUGCCCAGAUGAGUAACACCAUUGCUGCUAAGCUGACUGCUGUGGAGGCAGCACUGAAGGAGAACGUUAGCAAAGUUGUGAAGUCAAAGAACACCACAGAUGCUAUUGGCCGUGCAGCUGCCGAGGCAAUGCAGGGGCCUAUCCAGGCUGCCUACAAGGAUGCUUUCCAGGGCAUUGUGCUGCCUGUGUUUGAGAGGGGCUGCCAGUCUAUGUUCCAGCAGAUCAAUGAGAGCUUCAAGCAGGGCACCCAUGAGUAUAUCCAGCAACUGGAGACCCAUGUGAAGAACAAGAAGCAGCAUGAGCAGGAAGCACGGGAUCCUAUGAUUGGCCAGCUGCAACAGAUGAUUGACACGUUCCAGAACUCAACGGAUCAGCUGGCCACCACCAUCACAGCAAGUGUCCGCUCUGAGGUCCAGCAUCAGCUCCACAUGACGGUGGGAAACUUGCAGGACUCGAUCCUGACCCAGGUGCAGCGCAUUGUGAAGGGUGAGGUGAGUAUGGCCAUGAAGGAGCAGCAGGCAGCUGUGAACUCCAGCAUCAUGCAGGCCAUGCGCUCUGCUGCAGGCACGCCUGUCCCCACCGCACACCUGGACUACCAGGCCCAGCAAGCCAGCAUCCUGCAGCUGCUGCAGCAGGGACAGCUCAACCAGGCCUUCCAACAGGCCCUGUCAGCCUCUGACCUGAACCUGGUUCUGUAUGUGUGCGAGACCAUCGACUCCCAGCAGGUGUUUGGCCAGCAUCCCUGCCCCCUCAUCCAGCCAGUGCUGCUGUCCCUCAUACAGCAGCUGUCCACUAACCUGGCCACACGCUCUGAGCUCAAGAUCAGUUACUUGGAGGAUGCUGUGAUGAACCUGGACCAUGGUGAUCCGGUGACGAGGGACCACAUGAGUGCGGUGCUGUCCCAGGUCCGACAGAAGCUGUUCCAGUUCCUGCAGUCAGACCCACACAGUCCUCUCAGCAAGAGAGCCCGGCGCCUGGUGAUGAUGCUUCAGGGCCUGGUCAAUCACUAGUUCUGUGCUUGGCGCCCAAUGAUGGAGCCCCUUCACUUCCCUGUUCUGCUCCCACACAGUUAGAACAAAGUGCAGUGAGUUUCGUUGAUGUGCUGAGGGGAGCAGAGCUGUUGUUCAAGAGAUGUGAGCAUGAUGUACAGAGCCAUCGGAAAGUAUUCAGACCCCUUGACCUUUUCCACAUUUUGUUAGGUUACAGCCUUAUUCUAAAAUUGAUUACAUCGUUUUUUCCCCUC